CUCUUUUUCUGAGUUUGAAACCCACCAUUUUCACAGUACACAAAACCUCAAUCUUAUGCCCUAGCUACUGUUUCUCCAUUCAGUUAACACUGAUUUAAAAAAGGUCCCAAUUAGACAGACCAUUACUGUCAUCACAAAAUCAAAAAUGGAGAAAAAUUCCAACACAGACAAGAAGAAAAAGCAGAAGAAAUGGAGUUGUGAAAAGAGAAGCCCUUUGCAAGAUCUCAAUGUUAUUCCAAAAUGUAAAAGCAAGUGUAGUUCAACUUCCUCUUCCAUGUCCAUCUCUUCAAAUUCAAUUUCUUCCUCAUCAUCUUCUUCUUCUUACACAACUCCUCUCCAAAAAAAGCCCAAAUUUUUAUACGGAACUUCAAAUCCAGUGCCUAAAUCUUCACGUUUGAGAUCUAAAUCCACCAAUGAGAAUGAUUUACCAAGACCCUUUUCACAAAAACCCAAAAGGAUCCCACCUUUCCUAUCUGGGAAAAAAACCACCUCCCAAAAAUCAAAUCUUUAUUCUCAGUUGAGCAAUCCUGUGAAGAAAUCAGCAUUUGGGUCAGCAAGGAUUGGGGUUAAAGGGAAGAGUUUGAAGCAAAAGGAGGGAGGAAAUGGUUCAGGUGAGCAUAUUCAGCUUUUGGAUUUAGAUAGUAAUUUAAUUAGUUAUGCAAAUUGUACUCCUCUUGGUAAAUUAGUAAAUCAUACUAAUAUAGGAGAGAACUCAAAUGCAACUAGUAGUAAUACUACGAAAACACCUCCAAUUGAGGCUUCAGUGUCUCCUGAGAUACAAUGUGGGAUAUCAAAUGUGUUGGUUUCAGCUGCAACACCUUGUUAUGCUGCUGGCCAUGUUCUCUCUGGUGUCAGUGAUAAAAGAAAAUGUAAGCCUAGAGGUAUUCUUACUAUAGGAACUUUAGUUGACUGCGAAAAAGCCAGUGGCUCAAAGGAUUGUAAGUGUAGUAGGGAUUCUUUGAUUCCUUUGCCUGCCGAGGCUUCUAUGCAUUGGCUUCUAUCUCCACGCCGCGAGAAUAAUGACGUUUGUGAGGGCGAUUCUGAAAGCGAAUUUAGAAUGUUGACGGGAUCUGCCACGUCUCAAAUGCCGUAUUCAACUUCAACAUGUUCUGGUAGUUCUUUUGGUUUAGUACGUCACAGAGGAAAGUACAGUGAUAGUGUGAAUCAGGAUGUGGCACGAAGUGGUGGAAAAGCUCGGAUUAUUUUGCUCUCUCCAAGAAGUUCUGAACUUAAAGAUUCGUCAUAUGACAAGCAGGAGAGGAAUUUGUUUCCCCAAGCUAUAUCUUGUUGUAAUGAUGUAAAAGUCCCGGAUGAGUGGAAAUGUUCAUGCAGUCUUGUUAGAGAGAAUUCUCCUUGCUCUACGGCUUCUUUAAGCAGUGGGAAUGUUAUUCAAACCCCCAAAUCAGAAUCGAGCUCAGGCAAGAGUGGUGGCUUCUCAUGGUUACAUUCAGGUGAUCGUGGAAAGAACUUUAGGUCUGAACUUGAUUCAGUGGCAGAAUGUCUUCAGAAAACAAGCUUAUCACCUACGACUCAGACAACAUCAGCUUGGGAUCAGCCUAAUCUGCUUUUUAAGUUUACCAGUACCUCCUGGGUUUCUGAUUCUACGUUAGAUAAUGUAUCACAAUCUCAAAUGAGGAUAUCAUGGAGGGAUGGAGUAGUGAGUCGGAUUUUUGAGACGGAUGAUUUAGAUUGCUGCAGAUGCUUAUCAGAUGAUGAAAACGGGGGUUAUUGUCACGCUAAUGCAAAUACAAAUCUUGUUGAAGAAAAUGAUCUUUUACCAGAGAGUGGUCUACAGUCUCCUGAAUUUCUAGAGCACAAACACGAGCAUUUUCGGAAUGGAAAGUCAAAGGAUCCUCCCCCAGAAGUUAAUUUAUGUGCAGAGUCCAUAUGGACUGAAGGUGGUGGCUUAGUUUCUUCUGCAGAUUCUGACUGGACCCUUAGUUAUAAAAACCAGUUGUAUCAAGUUUGAUUCUUCGUCUUAAUUUAUUUGCAUCUAUUCUUUGGAACACCAAAAUGUUGUUUUACUAUGUUGGAAUUCAG